UGUUAAUUUACCGAAAGAGGAUAGAGGAGUUGAUAAUUGUUAUUGCAAAAUUUUAUGCAGGACAAGCGAGAUGUGGUGAUUCAUUCGAUUUCCUGGUCGCAAAAAAGUUGUAUAUAAAGAAAAACAAUAUUUAUAUAAAUAAUUAGUAGACUUACUAGCAUAAAUAUGCGAAUGUAGAAGUAUUGCAACUGUAAAAAGGUCCAAGAAAAAAAUUUGCAAGAAUUGGCUGGGUUCUGAAAAACUAUAUUAAAAUAUAAAAAGUAAAUAUAAACAAAGCAAGCGCAGCAUGCCCAGCUCUUUGCUUUUUGCCACCAAUAGUGAAGGCCGUGUGUAUACGUUGUCCACUAAUUCAGCCGCUUGGCGAGAAUUCCCCUACUUGGGUUUGGAGUUCAAGAAAAUCGCUGCCGUGCCGCACUUUGUAUGGGCUAUUGGUGGAGAUCGCCAGGUCUACGUAUAUGUAUAUGGCUUGGAUGUGCCCAUACGUGUAAAAGAGGAGUCUUAUGAAAAUGAACGUUGGCUACCGAUUGAGGGAUUUUCGAAAAAGCUUUUACCUACAGAUCGCUAUAAGUACUCCUCAGUUGAUGGCAGCGAGGAACGUAAUAUCGAUAAGAUCAGGUUGCCAUCAAUGGCUUGGCAGUGGGAUGGUGAGUGGCAUUUAGAUUUGGACAUGGACGGUCAUCAGUUAAGCGAAGAUGGUUGGAUGUAUGCGCUAGAUUUUCCCGCUACAUACUCACCGAAGAAUUCAUGGAACUCUUACGUGCGACGAAGGAAAUGGAUACGUUUUCGCCGCUAUAGUGCAUUGAACAGCUGGUGUGCCGUAGCGCCACUGCAUAAAGACCCCACACAGGAGCCUUUCAUUGAUGUUUAUGUUGGAGGCACAAAUGUGCCGAAUGCGCCAUCGGGUACAAUGAUCGUUUGGGCUAUCACUGCACAUGGACGGGCCAUGUUUCGCACCGGAGUGAGCACUUUUGCACCAGAAGGUCUUCGGUGGAACGCGAUCAACACUCCGCCCGGCUGUGAAUUGGCGCAAAUAAGUGUCGGCCCGACCGGUCUCGUCUGGGCCGUACUCUAUAAUGGACGCGCGAUAGUGCGUACUGGAGUUACACGCGAAAAUCUCUCCGGCGAAGCUUGGUUAGACGUUAAACCACCAAUUAGCAAUAAUGAUACGGCGAGUACAUUAAAAAUCACCCAAGUAUCUGUGGGUACAGACUCCGUUUGGUGUGUAACCAAUGAUAGCCAUGUCUGGUUUCGGCGCGGUAUCAAAGGUGAAGCUGCUGGUAUAAGUGAAGAUGCCGCCAUUGGCAGUGGUUGGGUGGAGAUGAUUGUGAACAUAUCGGCGAUAUCUGUGUCUCCUAAUGAUCAAGUCUUCGCUGUUGGUUCAUCGGAUCGUGCACUCUACUUUCGCUCAGGCGUAUCGACAUCUGAUCCCACUGGUAAACAAUGGCGCCAAAUCCAGUGUUCCAUGCAAAUAAGUCGCACCUCUAGCUCCAUGUCGAUUGUGUCACGACGCAGUGGUAGCGGUUCAACCCCUGGUUCAAAGCACCAAAGUUUCUCAAAUCUUUAUAACAAAGAUAAAGAAAAGGGCGUUGUAGAGACGUGUGCACCUAUUGAAAAUAUGGCCGCCAGUCCAGCUUCAACAAAUAGCAGCACAACGGGUGCAGCCGCAGCGCAGGCACGACUAAAAAGUGACAUUUGGAAAUAUUCAACAGACUCGCCACCCAACAUUGGUAGCUUGAAUUUAAAUGAACGCCACAAGAAACGUAGUUCAGCGGUACGUGAAUAUGCAGCGCAUGCAUCUAGUGCACCCGCGACAGAGGUUGUGACUGAAAUCUCCGGCAAACACUUCGAAACACAGCUAAAGAAUCCACGUGCAUGGUCACCAGUACGUAGCGUUGGUUCAAUAGUUGGCACAGAGGCGCAUCCGGAGAGUGAUUCCGCAGUAUUUGAGUCAGACUCAACACACCAUGGCUCAGAUGCAUACCUGGGCGAAGACGAAGAUCACGCCGGCUCGCAAUUUUGGACCGAAUGCGAAGUAAUGUGGAGUGGUGUCGCAGCUGGCGCUGUGAGCGUGGAUCCAGCAAAUACGCCAAAUUGGUUUAAUGAGCAAGUAUCUAGCAAUGGCAAAGUUAAUGUAGAUGCCACAUGGCGAAAGGAUCUAAUUGCAAAACUACAAAUGCGAUCGGAAAAACUCAAACAAUUAAAGCACCCUGAAAAAUACGAAAAGGCAGUCGAGCUAACAUCCUGGAUUAAAUCAGCAGAGGCACGUUAUCAGCGGCCCGGUGGAGAAUUCGAAGAUUGUUUAAUCGAAUUAGAAUGGGUAAGUGGUGCAACUGCCACUGCCGGUACGGGAGAUGCGUGCAACACAGAUUCAGAUUCCGGCACUUUUACUGUGCUCAAUCCAGAUGGUGUUACUACAAAAAUUCAAUUCUCACUGUCAGCCAUUACUUGCGUGCAGUCUUGCAGUGAACCGAGUGCACCGCGUAUAUCACUGCACGCGCCACGCUUGCCAACUAAUUGCUCACCAAUAAAAUUGCAAUUCUCAAGCGAUGCAGAAAUGGAGGAUUGGCUAUCUCAUCUCACUUCAGUUUGCUGCCAGAUAAAUGAGGUUCUAGGCAAACCUGCGAACAAUUCCAUUUGGGUUACCAGUGAUCUCGGAGAAGUAUUUGUUUUUGACCCGCUUAAUAUGAAGUCAAGUCAGCUGGACAAAGAACGCAAUUGUUAUGUGGAGAAAUUCGAUGUAAAUACAAUGGAAACGCCUUACUACAACACGCUAUAUAAUGGAUUGCCUAUCGGUACAGAAUUAGAGAUAUCUGGUUGUGUUUACGAUGAUGCAGAUCAAAUACGUUUCGAUUUGCAGUGUCAUCCUAACAUAAAAACACGGCCAAGAGUGGAAAAAUUCCGAGUGAUUGCAAUGCACAUUAAUCCAAGAUUCAAUGAGCGCACCAUAGUUCUAAACAGUAUGAAUGACUCAGAGUGGCUAGAGGAAAUAUGCAAUGAUAAGAUGGUAUUCGCUCCCGGCGCCACAUUUACGCUCCGCAUCAAAGCCUUGGAGCACCAUUACCAAUUGUUUGUGAACGGCACACAUUUCGCCGAUUACAAAUACCGUACAGACCCUGCCGCCGUUACCUGUCUUUACGUUAGUGGGCGCGUAAAACUAUUUAACAUUGUCUAUCGCUGUCCUACACUGAUUAUCUCCAUGCAAGAAAUGUACUGGCGUCAAAUUGGUGGGCACAUAAAGCGCGUGUUUUCCUCUCAUGCCGGUGUUGUUUGGGGUAUUUCGUGUGACAACACCGCCUGGGUAUACAAUGGCGGUUGGGGUGGCCAAUUUUUGAAAGGAUUGGAGGGUGGUUCCGGCAAGAUUAAUAACAUGAUUGACACUCACACCUACUAUGUGUACGAGAAUCAACGUUGGAAUCCCAUAAGUGGUUUCACUAUGAAGAGCCUGCCCACCGAUAGGCACAUGUGGAGCGAUGCAAGUGGUCGUCAAAAGCGUAGUAAGGAGCACACCAAACUAUUGUCCACUCACUGUGAAUGGAUAUCAGAUUGGAUGGUGGACUUUAAUAUACCCGGCGGUGCAGAUAAAGAAGGCUGGCAGUAUGCUAUCGAUUUUCCAGCCACAUACCAUGCACACAAAAAAAUCACUGAUUGUGUGCGCAGGCGUCGUUGGUUGAAGAAGUGUCGACUGACAAGCAGCGGUCCCUGGCAGGAGCUAAGUCAUUCAAAGAUAUUAGAUGCAUCAUUACAAGUACUUGACGGUGAUACGGACAGCGCUAAUAGUUUAAGUGAUUGGGAGGAUUUGCCGGUAUGCGCUUGGGCAGUGGCAGCGAAUGGCGAUGUUUUAAUACGGCACGGCGUAACGCAGCUAAAUCCUCGCGGCGAAAAUUGGGAACAUAUACCGAGCGAACAGCCUUUGAUUGCAAUUAGUAUAGGACCGUUAGGCCAAGUGUGGACCGUCGGACGAAAUGGCAUGAUUUACUUUCGCUAUGGCAUUACAAGGCACAAUCCAUUAGGUGAAGCUUGGCAGAUGGUGGAAGCUCCUCCUGGCACAACAUUCCGCACGGUGUCAGUGGGACGUGCUGGCAUUUGGGCACUCGACAACCACAACCGCUUGGCUGUGCGCAAAGAGAUCACUAAAACAUUCCCAGAGGGUUCCCAUUGGCAAUUCCUGCCAAAUAUGCCGAAUAUUCCACCACACACUGAAACGCAUAUCGGUUUCAAAUCUGUGACCGUAGGCACAGAAGUCUGGGCGAUAGCGCUAAAUGGCGUUGUAUGCAAACGUUGCGGCAUUACAAAAGAGAAUCCGGCAGGUGCCGGCUGGAAUUUGGGUAUACCGGGCCAAUGGCAGCAUAUAUCUGUGGAAAGCUUUUCCUAAUAAUUUUGGUCGUAUUUAGACUACUUUAAAGUGAAAACUUUAAAAAAUUCCAAGAUGCAGUGUUCGACAAAUUUCCCCUUUUAUGGAAAUAUUGUAUGUACUUUUAAGUCGAAUUUUUAGUAUAUUGUAUGAUUUAAGGCGCAUAAAUACACUGUGCUUGUUAAAAUGUACGCGCACCUAGGUUCUAUUGCCUAUAAGUCAUUAAAUAAUAUUUAACCAUUCCAUAGCAGCUACAUUUUUAAGUUGAGUAUUGUAGUAUUUUUUUGAUUUUCCUUUUAUUUAGCUUCUAAGGCUAAACUCAAUAUAAUUAUAAAAUAAAAAACCUUUAAAUUU